CUUCUCUCUCUCUCUCUUCCAGUAAAGAGUUAAAAAAAAAAAAAGGUGUUUGUGUUGACCUGCUUAUAUCGGGAAUCCCAAAGAACUGUGUGUGUGUGUGUGUGUGGUGGGGUCCUUCCUUCAUCAACUAGCAGAUGCAGAUGCAGAAAGAAGAAUCUUCUUUCAACAACAACGGUGGUGGUGGUAGUGGUUGUUAAACCUGAAACUCAAAAACCAUUUUCUUUUCUCUUGGGAAGAAAUAAAGAAGGUGGGGUUGUAAAUUGAUUGAUUCAGCUGCUGCUGCCGGCUGCUGAUAGUUUAUUUUCUUCUAAAGAUCACGAUUUGAUUUCUUCUCAAAUAAAGUCACCAGUCAUUGUCUCAUUUUGCAGCCACACAAAGAUUUAGGAUUGGGUGAAAUAAUGGAAUAGACUUUUCAGUUUGAAGAAGAUGGAUGAUGGGUCUUUUUUCUCACUGAAUUCAACAAUGGCGGAAACUCCAAUGGAUCUAGAUUACAUGGAUGAACUCUUAUUAGAAGGAUGUUGGUUAGAAACACCAGCUGGUUCAAACUUCUUGAAUAGCAACACCCCUUUAUCCUCUUCUCUUUUCGAUCCUUCUUUUUCAUGGUCUAAUAUCGAAUCAACUAACAACAACAACGAAUUAGAAUCAAGCAUCAACCCAAUUCAAAACUACCCUUCUUCUCCUUCUUCUUCUUCUUUACUCGAUAAUCUCCCAGUCCCAACUCAAUGGCUAACCGAAGUUCCUGAUCCCACCAGACGAUUAUGGAUUGCACCAAGAUCUAAUAAUGCCGGUUCAGUCAUGGACAGGUUAAUUCGAGCUCUAAAUUACAUAAGGGAAUCAACUAGAAACAAAGAUGCUCUUAUUCAAGUAUGGAUUCCGGUUAAUAGUGGAGGAAAACGAGUAUUGACUACUACCAAUCAACCAUUCUCUCUCGAUCUUAAUAUCCCUAGCCUCGCUAGCUACAGAGAAAUAUCGAUGAAUUAUCAGUUUCCAACUGAUGGGAAUUCGAAUCAGCAAAUUGAAGGAAUGCCCGGAAGAGUUUUUAAGGAUAAAGUACCAGAAUGGACACCAGAUGUUCGGUUCUUUACCAAUAAUGAGUAUGCCCGCGUCAACGACGCCCAGAGAUUCGGCGUUCGUGGAACGCUGGCGGUCCCUGUUUUUGAACAGGGCAGUCACAGUUGCUUGGGUGUGAUAGAGGUUGUAACCACUGCUCAAAAGGCGGAUUACCGUCCUGAACUCGAAAGCGUUUGUAAAGCUCUCCAGGCUGUUGAUCUUCGAACUACGUCGGAAGUUUCAGAUAAUGCAAAUGCAAACGCAAACGUAAACACUUCUAAGGUAUUAUUGAACACCUAUCAAGCCGCACUACCCGAGAUUCUACGCGUUUUGGAGUCAGCAUGCAGCACACAUGGAUUGCCAUUGGCUCAAACAUGGGUUUCCUGCGUUCAACAAGGCAAAGGUGGUAGCCGUCAUUCCCACGAGAACUACGCUCGCUGCGUCUCAACCGUCGAUUCAGCAUGCUAUGUAGCCGACGCCAGUUUUCGUCCAUUCCUCGAAGCAUGCUCCGAGCAUCACUUAUUGAAAGGUCAAGGUGUGGCCGGUAGGGCGUUUACGACCAACCAGCCUUGUUUCUCGCCGGACGUGACUUCCUUCUCCAAAACAGAGUAUCCACUUUCUCAUCACGCCAGGAUGUUCGGUUUGCGAGCGGCUGUCGCCAUUCGUCUUCGAAGUAUGAACACCGGAUCAUCUGACUUCGUUUUGGAAUUCUUCUUGCCGAAAAACUGUAUUGAUCCUGAAGAACAGAAGGAGUUGUUAACUUCAUUGUCCACUAUUAUACAAAAUGUAUGCUGGAGUUUGAGAGUCGUCACGGAUAAGGAAAUCGAAGAAGACGAAGAAGAACAAGAAGAAGAACAACUGGAAGAAGAAGAACUAGAAUUAGAAGCUCUCCCCGUCGAUAAAUUCAUCAUUGAAGAGAACGCGGUGACGAAUAAAGCCAGCGGAGGUGAUCGGAGGAAGACAAAAGCGGAGAAGGCGAUCACAUUGCAAGUGCUUCAGCAGUAUUUCUCCGGCAGCCUAAAAGACGCUGCAAGGAAGAUUGGUGUCUGCCCAACUACAUUGAAGAGGAUAUGCAGACAACACGGAAUAACAAGAUGGCCGUCUCGAAAACUGAAGAAAGUCGGCCAUUCGUUACAGAAGCUCCAGCAUGUAAUCGAUUCAGUCCAAGGCACUUCAGGCACUUUGCAAAUAGGAUCGUUCUAUUCGAGCUUCCCUACCCUAGCGUCUCCUAAUAUCUCGAGAACCAGUCCAUUUGUGACAACCACGACGACAACAAACAAUCCAGCCGAUGAACAGCGAAAGCAAUCUUCAUCCGGCAGCCAUAGUUCUAGUUCUAGUCAAUGUUGUUCAACAGCAUCUCAGCCAAAAUUAGCAAUUGAACAGAAUACAACAAUAAAAAAGGAAACAGCAGGAAGCAGUGGUUCCUCGCUUAAAAGAGUGAGAAGUGAAGCCGGAAUUCAUGUCUCUAACGAUGGAGAUCAUCAGCAUCAUCAUCACCACCAUCGGAACAAGUUCUUUCCGAGGUCUCAUAGCCAUAAAUCACUGAACGAGGAAGGCAUGCAGCAGCCUACAGUAGUAACAGUUGUAGCAGACGUAAAAGAUCCUUCACCUCCCCCUCCGAGAAUAAAGGUGGCUUAUGGAGAAGAGAAGAUUAGAUUUCGGCUGCAAAGCCAUUGGAGGUACAAGGACUUGACAAGAGAAAUCAAUAGAAGGUUUGGGAUAGAGGAUGGAAACGACGGUUUCCAUUUGAAGUACUUGGACGAUGAUUUCGAGUGGGUGCUGCUAACAUGCGAUGCUGAUCUACAGGAAUGUGUGGACGUUAGCCGUUCAUCUCUGGGAGAUACUAUUAAGCUGUCUCUGGUUCGUAUAUCAUCUUCUUGAUGGAGGACUCAUUAAACAUUAUUCAAGAAUACAGAAUAAUAGAAGAAUAGAAGAAAGAAAGCUUCAUAGAAGUGUUAGUUUCUGUUUAUGAAACCAACCGUUGUAAAAAGAUGACUGCAACUUACAAGUACUAGUUUUUUU